GCAGUUCGGUUUCGAUUCCCUUCAGGGUUAGUUAAGGAUUGUGUGGAAGUAAAUGUGUUCUUAAUACGGAUUGGCUUCGUUUUUCUCUUUUGUUAGUGACCUGGUGGGAGUUUUUGAAAUAAUGCCAAGCAUAUUUUUUUCGUAGAGAGAGGCCUAGGACGUGCUGAUUGUAGGAAGUCGACAUAGAGCCUUGAGCUCUGGCUGACGUUGUUGGCCCUUGUAAUAUUAAAGCAGCUCACUUUGUUCCAUUUGCUAAACACUGGGGCAAUUUCAGUAAGCCCCAGUAAAAGGUACCUAUGGAUCAGCUUGUGCUGCAUUAGAAUUCAGUUCUCUAGUCAACUGGGAGUUAUUUUAGCUACCUAUGGUCUUUCAGCACACACUGGUCACUUUCAAGUUUGUUAAAGCACUAGUUUCCCUCUUUUAAAUCACCCAACCCUGCUUCCAACAUAGUACAUAAAACGAAAAACCAAGUAGUAGGCUAGGACGGUUUUUUUUUGUUGUAUCAUUCUGAUAGUGAUAUGCCUAGCCGGCGUUUCUGUCUUCUGAGGUAACCCACAAAUAACUUAUUUUUCUCCCACUGACCAUCUAAUAUUUUUAAACACUUUGUGUUGUGCAAGGCUUGUAUAUGUAUGGUUCGUGGAAAGUAACCCACGAAAUAGUGCUUUCACGUGUUCUGUAAUUGAGACUCAAUAUUGAUCAUGGUUAACAAUGCGAAGUCCAUCUGUCUAAUAAAUCUCGUCGUCUGAUAUCCUUUUGAAAUCCUUAAUAAGCAGCAUAAUAUGCAUUUUGAAACAGUUUUUAGUAUCUGGUAAAAUAAAGGAUUUUUUUAAUAAAUAGCUAGCGACUAUCGUACUUCUUAAGUAAAUACUUUCUUGGGAAUGUAUUGAGGCUCUCGUCUGUCUGUCGACUAAGCGGCACCAACGCCCUCAUGCUGGUACUUUACUAACUAUAUCAUCCUAAUUGAAGGUAGUCACUCCGUCUUUUUAAUGCCCACAUAAUGGAAAUAAACUUAUUCAAAUUAAUCGUUAGGUACGACCAUGUGAACGUAACCACUGUAGGAACGAUGUGUGAAACGACUUUAUGGUUGUAACCCGUCCAUUUGAUUCAUGGCUUGAGCACUUUUCCGUCCACUCUUUAGGCGGCUGGUUAAUUUUAUCAACCCUCAAUGUAAGCCGAGUGAACAGACCCACGGUUAGGGAGUUUUAUCGUGUGUUUAAUUAAUGGUAGGGGUUACAUAUAAGUUUCAGAGUAUGGAAAGCCUUCACUAGAAUAUGUUUUCCCAGAUUUAAAUGUAAAUGGCGUAAACUGACUGAAAUCCACACCACACUUCAGUACAUCUAGAAAAGCUAACAAAUGGGACGGUGGAGCAUAGUGAUGUCGAAGUUGAGAAUAUCCGAGUUAAUAGUAUUAAGUAAUUCAAGAACUCAGUUACUAGGUGCUGAGUCUAAUUGUGAUCAGUUGCUUUCUGAAUAGAAGGUAACGUCAUCUACCAGAAGCUGGCAAACAUGUAAAUCCAGACAAUGACCACUUGACCCAAGUGAAUAAUCGUCCAAACCAGUUACUCGUAUUGAAUUAAACUUUUACAGAUCAGUGCGUGUAAAAAGUAAGACUUUUAAUACUUUUUUCAUUCCUUGCAACUAAUGUCUUUUCUUUGAAAAACAUAGAAAACGUCAAUGGCUCAGUGGGGCUCAUACGGUUCUUACUGGCAAGGUGCUUGUCCAGGAUAUUAUGACUAUGCACAGCCUGCUCAGACAUAUGAUUAUAAUCAUCAAACCAUUCCAGUUUCAUCGGUACAAGAUAAACCUUCCACACCUCCUCCACCCGGAGUAGAAUCGACUGUUCCCAAGGUGGAUGGGAAUGUUACAGUUACAAGCUCCAUUCCGGCAACUUAUGACCCAUCGUGGUGUACCUCAACUCCAUUUCAUUCUCCAAACUUUGCUUGUGCUUAUACUUAUUCACCUACGGUCCCACCCCGUCAACCGGUCAUGUUCGACCCAAGUCCACAGAGGCAUAUGAUGCCAAACGUUUCGUAUCCUUCAUACGGUUCUCCACAGUUGCCGUUGCAUAUGCAAAGUCAGUUAGGGUGUAACUGGAAUGCAGCUAGACCUACUUAUGGUUAUCCGGUUAACGGAGGUGCGGUCCAGUCGUUUGGUAUGUGGCCAGACGGAAGAUCAUCUGUUCAUCCCAAUGGUUUGGCAGUGACGGGUCCACGGUUUCCAUUCCAGAGUACUUUAGAUUCUCCAAACACAGUGGCUAGUGAAAAUACUGCGAAUACUCCAAUUUCUAAAGAAGUCCUACAGCAACCGCCUGCUAGUUUUCAGGACAAAGGAGUAAAAGAGCAGUGGAGUGACGAACUCAAAGAGUAUGUCCAGCGAGCGUUUUGCAGCAUUGAUACAAGUGAGGAAAAAGAUCAGAUGGAACGGAUUUUAAAAGAAAAAUUGGAGUACGUUUUUAGAAAUAACAUCAAGGUCAAUUGGAAGACAGAAAAUAUUCCGACUAUCCCCAGUCGUGCGAUUGCUAGUUUCCGUAAAUCCUUUAAUAUCAGGGGCAAUUCUGUCAAUGUCGUGCGACCUGUUCAACUUCCCGGUCCUCGUGGACUUCGCCCAACGGGUCCAUCAAGGGGAGCUCCUGCACGUCUUCCUGUUGGGCUUUUGUCGAGAGGUGGCCGCAAUGUGUUUUCGUCUUCAGUUGUUAAGAGUAUAUCACCAUCCAAAAAAUUGCCAUCGAAAUCUCGCUCACCUAGUCGUUCUCCUGUUUCCAAACCUUUAAAAGAUUGGCAGAGAAAGCGUUUGUAUAGAUCCAGGUCUAGUUCAUCCUCAGAAUCACGUGGCUCCCCUCAUUCUUCAUCCUCAAGUAGUUUCAGGACAAAACGCCACCGGCGUCGGGACUCUCGGUCGCGCUCUGGUUCUCGGCAUGCACAGCGAAAAACGAAUGAUGUAAAGGAUUCUCAAAAAAGUACACCGCAGUUAGCCACCAGGGGGAAUUCCAAGGGUAGACGACGGAGGCGUGGUGGUGCUUCAAACGCCGACUCAAGUACAGACGCAAAUACUUCUAAUGAAGAUGUAACAGCCGCAAGGGGUCGUGGACGUGGCAAUUGGCGUAGUAAACGUGGAAGCAUUUCAAAGCAUACUCCUCCAAGUGAAUCUCGCCUUACACAACGAGCCAGUAGAUUUAAAGAUCAUCUGGUGCAGUCACCUAUUGGAUCAGGCUCCAUUGCACGGACAACCAGUCAGCUGCUUUCGAAUUACACUGACGAACGUGAUGAUUUAGCUGUUGAUUUCGGUAGCUGUCAAAUCGUUGGUACCAUGCAAGAAAUAGAAAAACAAUACUUGAGACUGACUCGAGCUCCAGAUCCUACAGAAGUGCGACCCUUAGCAAUUUUGAAACUUUCUUUGGAGCAUGUCAAAGAAAAAUGGCGUUCAAACACCGAUUACCACUGGGUGUGUGAGCAGUUCAAAAGUAUACGUCAAGACUUAACUGUACAAGGUAUCGAAGAUGAUUUUGCAGUAUCGGUUUAUGAAGCACAUGCAGAUGUAGCCUUAGAAGCUGGUGAUUUUGAAGAGUUUCAUCAAUGUCAAAGUCAGUUGCUUCGUCUUCAUAAAGAAGGCUUAGGUGUUAGUAGGCUGCUCGAAUUUACUGCCUACAGACUUCUUUAUUACAUCUUCACUCUCGAUAUUUUAGGUAUCAAUACUAUCAUGGCUGGUUUACGUCCAACUCACAAAACUAAUCCAUGUAUUUCAUUUGCUUUAAAACUCCGGUCAGCGUGGUCGUUGAGUAAUUAUCAUCGUUUUUUUCAACUUCUUUAUCCAACUAAUGAUGAUCAACAACCUCCUUUACGGUGCAAGCAUGUUGUAAACUGGUUUGUUGAUCGUGAAAGAAAAGAGGCUAUCAGACUAAUGUUUAAGGUUUUCCGUCCUACAAUAAGUCUUUCAUUUAUAUCAAAAUUAAUCGGGUUUUCUUCUACUACUUUAUGUAAAGAUUUUAUUUGUAAAGAAUUUACUCUACCAGAAUCUCAUUUGGAGCCGAUAGAAAAAGUCGAUACAAAGGCGGUUUGGAGUCUUAUGUGCUCACAGUCAACAUGA